GGACAAAAAAAAUGGAAAACAGUAUUGGCUAACUACCAUGACCACUAACGUCUAUUCAUGCGAGAGCAGUGAAGAGACACAGAGAUCUUCUGAAAAGGAAAAAAAUGAGGCCUCAGAUUGUACUAUUUGGGGACUCAAUAACUGAACAAUCAUUCCGAUCAGGUGGAUGGGGUGCUGCUCUUGCUGAUACUUAUUCUCGCAAGGCUGAUAUAGUGAAUCGUGGGUUCGGUGGAUACAACACCAGAUGGGCUUUAUUCUUGCUCCAUCACCUUUUCCCUCUGGGAUCUGCAACGCCUCCUGUUGCUGCAACCAUACUUUUUGGAGCAAAUGAUGCAGCGCUUUUGGGAAGAACUAGUGCAAGGCAGCAUGUGCCAGUUGAUGAAUACAAGGAGAAUCUUCGGAGAAUGGUUCAACAUCUUAAGGAAUGCUGUUCCACUAUGUUAAUUGUUCUCAUUACUCCACCACCAGUUGAUGAGGAAGGCCGCAAAGAAUAUGCAAGGGCUUUGUAUGGUGAGAAAGCGAUGAAAUUGCCAGAAAGAACCAAUGAAACAGCUGGACUUUAUGCAGAGAAAUGUGUUGAGUUAGCCAGGGAACUAGAUCUACCUUCAAUUAAUCUCUGGUCCAAGAUGCAGGAAAUGGAUGGUUGGCAGAAGAAAUUCUUAAGUGAUGGUCUGCAUCUAACAAAGGAUGGCAAUGCAGUUGUUUAUCAAGAAGUUGUCAGAGUUUUCAGUGAAACUUGGUUGCCUGCCUCUAAGAUGCCCUAUGAUUUUCCUCAUCACUCAGAAAUUGAUCCGGAAAACCCUGGCAAAGCUUUCCAGCAACAGUGCUUGGGAGUUUAAGAUCUUGUGCAAUAAAGAUUUUUUUCUUUACUCUUACCUUCUACGAUCCUUCUGAUUUUUUAUGAAAGUAUUAUCCACGAAACUAUAUGGUUAUUAUUCUAAUUA